AUGGCUGCCUCAAUGCAUCGAGUGGAUUCCAUAGGCAUCCUCUCCAGACUGGCUAGUCUGGGCUGUGUUGUGAGGAGAACAUAUUCAGUGCGAGGGCCUCUCUCGCUUGUGCACGUGGAUACCAACCACAAAUUGAUACGUGGACGGGUAUUCGAGAAAGGUAAUGUAAUUGGGUGCUUCGACCAACAACCGUGCGUCAACAGCCUAUGGCUUCUUCCUAGAGGCAACACAAAGACAUGGAGUGCCUUUAAGGGUCAGAGGAGACCAAGGAGUAGAAAACGUACAGAUAGCGAGAUUCAUGUUUUCGGUUCGCGGCACCGACCGUGGAAGCUUCAUCUCUGGAUUGAGCGUCUUUGGCGUGAUGUACGAGUCAUUGUCACCAACAAGUACUCUGCGAUACUGCUCUCCCUCGAAGAGGAUGGUCUGCUCGACAUCUCAUCAACAGACGACCUCUUCUGUGUGCACUACAUUAUUCUUCCCCGACUUCAGAUGGACUUGGGGAUUUUUACAGAAGGCUGGAACCAUCAUCCACUCAGCACUGAACGGAACCAAUGUCCAGAGCAGUUAUGGCAACUUGGACUGAUGCAGACAAACAUUGAUCAGCCGGAGAGCCCUGAGGAGCCAGAUGUUGACUGGGAAAUUGCUGCUGACCACGAUGGAGAAGAGGAUGCAGGGAUUGUCGUCCCCGAAUUCGACUGCCCUUUGAGUCCAGAAGACAUAACUGAACUUCAAUCAGUAUUUCAGCAAAUUGACCCAAACACUCCGGUCAAGGAACUGUACUUACUCUGCCGUGAGUAUGUAGCUGAAAGAUGUGGCUCUUAAGAAAUACAGCUCCCUUGAAUGACACAGAUGAGGGUAAACCUAGCCUUAAGCCUCAUAGUAGGAAUAUAAUGGGGAAACAGUUUAAGUUAGUAAGGUGUAUUAUAUGUGUAUUACAGUGACUAUAAGAGGUGGAAGAAGUACUUAACUAAAAGUAGAAAUACCUAAAUGUAACAAUACUCUGUUCCAAGUAAAAGUCCUGUGUUCAAAGUGUUACUUAAGUAAAAGUACCAAGAGUAAAGUUACUUGGCACAACUGGUGACAAUUGAAACAACAAUCGACACAAAAUACAGCUCAAAAGUAUAAUGGUUCCCCAACUUCACCAUUUGUUUCAAAAACAUUUUGACUGGAACAGUAUGUGAUGUCACUUGAAAGUUUGACUGUAUAGUAACAUUCUCAUCUUGAACAAAUGAAAACCUUGUCAAAUAAAGUGCAAUAAAGACUGUUUUAACAGAAAACAUCGAUUCUAUGAAUCUUAUGAACGACUAAACUCCCUGCUACUUAUAACAGCCUGUGUUAUAAUGCUCAGGAACUCCGGAUAUGAGCCGAGGUGCCUUGUCGGAAAGGUAAUAGAGUUGGAGCAUGCAUUAACUACUGGAAAGCAUACAGUGUGUGUACCAUAGUGCACGCUGCAAUCGUGGUCGAAUUCAAUUAGGAUUUUAAAUCUCUCUCUCUCUGUUGAGGUGAUGGGGACAUGUGCCUGCCCCGUAAGCCAUUGAAGGAAGCAGCCAACAGUGAUCUUGUGUUUUUCCUUCAUCUCCUCUUCAU